AUGAGACUCACCCACGCAAUCCCCCUCCUGGGUCUAUCCCUCUCCGCAACAGCCCAAAACCUGUCCUUCGGCGCCGCCAACUUCUACCGCAGCAACGCCGUCACCAUCCAACCCGUCACCUUCCCAACCCAAUUCCAAACCACCGUCGCAGCCAACCUCUUCAUCCCAACCAACCUCAGCCAGACAGCCGACCACCCAGCCAUCGUCGUCGGCCACCCCAUGGGCGCCGUCAAAGAGCAAAGCGCCAACCUCUACGCCACCAGGCUCGCCGAAGCCGGCUUCGUCACCGUCUCCCUCGACCUCCCCUUCUGGGGCAGCAGCGCCGGCGAGCCCCGCAACGCCGUCGCACCAGACUUCUACACCGAAGCCUUCAGCGCCGCAGUCGACUUCCUCGGCUCGCCAGCGCAGGGCUUCGUCUCCGUUGACCGCGCGCGCAUCGGCGCAAUGGGCAUCUGCGCCAGCGGCGGGUACGCCGUCAGCGCAGCCAAGAUCGACCCGCGCAUUCGCGCCAUCGCAACAGCAAGCAUGUACGACAUGGGCACCGUCAGCCGGGAUGGACUGCGGAAUGCGCAGAACCUCACGGCCCGCCAGGCGGUCAUUGCGUCCGCUGCGGACCAGCGCUGGGUCGAGGUCGACGGCGGCGACGUCCAGUAUAUGGGGGGCACGCCGGAUGUUCUGACCGCGGACUCGACGGCCGUCGAUCGCGAGUUCUUCGACUUCUACCGCACUGUUCGUGGCGAGGUCAUUCCGCCCGGCUCGAUGUUCAACCGCACCACCCACCCGACGCUCUCGAGUAGCGCGCGCUUUAUGAACUUCUACCCGUUUAAUGACAUUGAGAGUAUCUCGCCGCGCCCGCUGCUGUUUGUGUCGGGGGACCGUGCGCACUCGCGUCAGUUUAGCGAGGAUGCGUUUAGGCGGGCGUCGGAGCCUAAGGAGCUGUAUUGGGUGCCGAAUGCGGGCCAUGUGGACUUGUAUGAUCGGACUGAGCUCAUUCCGUUUGAGAAACUGGCACGCUUCUUCCGGACGAACUUGGCUGCUUGA